AUGAACAAUCCUCGCGAUCCAACCCGGUUGCGCCAGGGUCUCAAUCCGCUUUUAACUCAGUCUUUGGGUGCAUACCACAACCAGGUCAACACGCCGCUGUCAGCAGUGUCCUCAUCGCACUUACACUCGGCUGCCCACACUCCUGCAAGCGCAAUACAGCCUUAUAACCCACAAGAAUGGAUAGCUUCACCUGCUGCCGGGUCCGAAAGGUCCCAUCAAUCACAUCAGUUCCCUGAGCAAGCCUCCAUAGGAUCACCAUUACCUCCGCCUCCGUAUAGUCCACCGCGAAGCCAACGACCACCGAGCGGCUUCUUCGAGUCCUCACCAGCGGCGAAUACUUCGGCAGCACGAAUUCCUCCCACAAAUGUUCAUAGGCCGUCCCCGGAGCCCUCAACAAACACAUCGUUCCCUCCCCCACCUGGAGCCGGAGGUCGGACAAGCUCACGCGAAAGGCGCUUCGGUUUUCAUUCCCUGAGACGGAGCAGAGAGCCCCAAGAAUCAAGUCCUCCAGAGCCGAUGCCGCCUAUGCCUAUGCCGUUAUCAAGGCCAACCCCUCUUCAGAUCCAGAUCCCACAUCCAAUGCCACAUCACAAUGACCCGAACUCAUCACACGGCCCGCCCGGUGCUCGAAGAGCUGCUUCCGCAAGCGCAGUUGAGACACCGACUUCAGCUCGCUCACGUUCGGCGUCCCAGUCAAGAUGGGAACCAGGAAUGCCCCUCCCGCCGCCACCUCCAGUCCCACCACCAGCUUCGUCUCGGUCACAGAGCGUGCAGAGCGGGCCGAGAACAACUACACCCGUGGCUUCACCGCCCACAAGGCGCCCUCCGCCAACCGGCGUUGCAGCCCUUGGACCAGUACCUCCGACUCCUGCAGACUGGGUUGACCAGCCCGAGGAACCUAGUAGCUCAUCACAACGGAGACACUCUCCAAAGUUAACCAUCGAUACUGCUAGUGCUGCGAGCUCUACACAGACCGGAGAAUCAAGCAAUUCCGGCGCAUUGAGCUCUGGUGGCAGUCUAAGUCGGGCGAGAGCAGUCCGCCACGACAAGACCAUCGUUCAGCGCCGGGCUGAGAGCCGGACCAGACCGCAUAACUCGAUAGAUGGGACCAUCAACCCAGUCCAGCUCAACGACAUUGUUGUUCCCAAUGAGAACACGCUUUCACGUAGGUUGACGAUCAACAGAUCAGGACCAAGAAGCGGGGGACGGACAUCGAACGACACGCCUCGAACUGACGAACACUCGACUACGCCGCGGGCACCCGGGUCGUCAUCGUCACGCAGUCGAAUUGAGGCGGCAACACCGCCAUUCUCACCUCAUCCGUCAAAGGGCACGCCCAUGAUGGAUGGAUCGCCAAGCGUCUUACCCAAGGCGCUGCCAACACCGCCGCCGCAGACUCGAUCGGCAUCGAGCUCUCAAACAAGAUUCAGCUCAAUGACACCCGCUGACGGCCCUCCAUCAGCAUCCAUCUCAUCCACAAAGCAUAUUGUCAUCACGCAAACUGCGGAUCAGUUUUGCUGCGAAACAAUUGAGCGGUUCCAGGCAUUCGCUACCCAAGAAUCUACUGCGGCCACCGAUGCUGAGCGGGUUCGCAUGUUUGCCGAUUUCAUCGUGAACGAGUCCAGGAUCAGGCGAGAAAGGUAUUCCUCUGCCAUCGGCGCUAUGGGCUCGGAGAUCUUUGAUCUGACGAGGGAUCUCUUCCGUCCCAUGGUUACACGGCGUGAGUCGGCAACUUCACAGGCUGAGUGGACGCCCCAGUCAUCCGAACCUACGCGAUCCCAUCGCGGAUCGAUGAACUCGGUCUAUCGCGAGACGCCCGGGGAGUCCAGCUCCGCUCCUACAUCAGCCAACGUUCCGGGCUCGCCCAUUGCGCCAUCGGCAAAUAACCCAAAUUACUCUUCCAACUACAUGCCGUCGCUCUCUCCGAUAUUGAGUCUCAGCGUGAGUGACAAUCAUGAUGAUGGAGAUUCCCGGGGCCGACCUGCCAGUAGAUGGUGGGAGGCAGACUCUUCAGGGGCAGGAGGAAAAUUUGUCGAGAGGUCCAAGAGAGAGUCCAAGUACAUGGGCGUGCCAAAAGAAGCCCACGAAGCCUUGCAAUGGGAGGACAGCCCGCAAGCGGGCCCCAGUAACCCGAGGUCUUCGGGCGAGUAUCCUCCCGAAAAAACGGGCUGGCAUGAGAUGGAGCCCGUGGUCACACCGCAACCACUCCGGUAUUCAUCGGAAUCCCUUGGCUCAUCAGCUUCGCCCACGACGCCGAACCCAGCCCACCUAGACGUCUCUCGACUGGUGACCCUUCCGCCGCCGUAUCCUCGUCAUCAUCCAGCCGUCAACAAUAACCAUCCAGAAUUGACCGAGACUAGAGUAGCCGUUCGCCAGAUCAGCGACCUCUCCCAGAUUGAAACUACGAAAGAAAGAUUCCAUGUCACCAGCACGAAGAAGCGCGAGGAAGCCGCAAAGGCAUCCAUUGAGAGGCGAAAUGCUUUACGCUCCAAUUUACAGCAGGAAAUCAACGCCGGCAACAUUUCGUUUGCCGAUGCGUCGACCAUCGAAGAUGAUUCGGUGGCAGCCGAGAAGGAGAAGCAGAAAGAGCUGGGCAAGACAGAGUUUGAGCAGUUCCAAAGCCAGGUCGUCAUGCCCCUAAACGACCUCAUCACCGGCCGCAUCGCCCAGGCCACAACCCUCUUCGACAAGCUGGCGGGAGGGCUCUUCGACGACGUCGCUAGCGCCGCCGACAUGCCCCAGGAAGAAGGCGACGACAAGCCCGAGCUCCUGGAGAAGCUGACGCUCCUCAAAUGGAUCUUUGAGGCGCGAGAGAUGCUGCACCGCGCCAUCUUUGACGUCCUCACGGACCGCAACAACCGCUACCGCGACGUCGUCCUCACGCCGUACCGCCUGGCCGGCAACGAGGAGAAGCUCCAAAACGCCGUCGCCUUCUUUGCCGAGGACGCCGCGAAGCGGCAGCUGGCUUUCGCGCACGAGGUGUUUGCGCGCACGCAGGAGUUCCAGGCCGUCAUGGAGCGCAAUGUCAUGCGCGGCGUUGAGGUGCAGCUCUCCGCCUUUUGGGACAUUGCGCCGCCGCUGUGUAGGCUGCUCGACAAGAUCGCCCCCGCCGACCCGGAGGCCUUGCACAUCCAGAUCCCGUCGGCCGAGUACGACGAGAACCCGUCAUACCGCCGGCAUCCGCUGCAGUACCUCUUCAGCCUGCUCCUGCACACGGAGAAGAGCACGUACCAGUUCAUCGAGUCGCAGACGAACCUCUUGUGUCUGCUACAUGAGGUCAAGGAGGCCGUCACGCACGCAAAGGCAAAGGUUGUGCAGAACGAGAUGGACGACGGGCGGGGCAGGGAGUUUACCGCCGAGGAGCGCGAUGCGCGCGCGCAGCGUCUUCGCGACGAGGAGGGACGGAUGCUGACGGACGACUUGAAGGAAAAGGUCCGCGUCGUGCAGGACCAGUGGACGAGUGCGCUGGGUGAGAAUAUCAAGAAUGUGAAGCAGAUGUUGGGAGAGUAUUUGCUCGAGACGGGCGGGUGGGAUGAGACUUUGGAGGAGGGCGGUGUCGGCAGCGUCUAA